GAAAUCAUUACCAAGGAAGUGGUUGAAUCCCUCAUUGAUAACUGCAAUACGUUGGUCAACAGCAGACCUGUGAAUAUUUGUCAUUGGGCAGUGUAUAAUUCUGGUUUAUUUCUUUUUGACUAGGUUUGGCUGAACCUGAAGAUUCACUAUGCCAGGAAGACUGUGGAGCAAGGCUAUCUUUGCCGGGUACAAGCGUGGCCUGAGGAACCAGAGGGAACACACUGCCCUGCUGAAGGUGGAGGGCGUGUACACCCGUGAUGAAACAGACUAUUACCUGGGCAAGCGUUGUGCUUACGUCUACAAGGCCAAAAAGAACACAGUGACUCCCGGUGGCAAGCCCAACAAGACGCGGGUGAUCUGGGGCAAAGUCAUGCGUGCCCAUGGCAACAGUGGGAUGGUGCGUGCCAAGUUCAGCAGCAACCUCCCAGCAAAGGCUAUUGGACACAGAGUUAGAGUGAUGCUGUACCCAUCCCGUGUAUAAUGUGCUGUUGUGUACAAUAAACAAGUCAGGUCCAAA